CCGCGGGCGCCAGACGCGGCGGCCCUCAGCUCGCGAGCGCAGCUGCGGCGGCAAAGGGCCCCUCAGGCCGACACUCCCCCUCGCCCCUCCCCCACCCGGCCGGGCUCUGGACCCGCCGCGCGCGAGCCCGCGGCCGCUUCCCCCGCGCCGAGCGAGGAGGCUGCUGCAGCGGCGGCGAGAGGCGGCUGCGCGGCCAUGGGCGCGCCAGGGUCGCCCUAGGGCGGGCGCACAGACCACAGCCGGAGCGGUGGCGGCGGCCUCCACAGAAAGCCUUCCCAGGCGGCAGCGGCGGCCCCUGGAGCAGCGCGGCCGGGAUGAGCGGGAGCGGCGCGGCGCCCGGCCCGGGCUCGGGCUCCUCCCCGGCCGCCUGCCGCUUCGCGCACUACUUCGUGCUGUGCGGGAUCGACGCGGACAGCGGGCUGGAGCCUGACGAGCUGGCGGUUUUGUACCAAUGGCUAGAAGCAGAUCGUCAUGGCAAGAGCCAAGGUGCUGCAAAUACGACUUCAGGUGAAAAUUUUGACCAGAGUCCUUUGAGAAGAACAUUCAAAUCCAAAGUUCUUGCCCACUAUCCUCAGAAUCUAGAAUGGAGCCCUUUCGAUCAAGACGCGGUGAACAUGUUGUGCAUGCCCAAAGGGCUAUCUUUCAGGACACAAACAGACAAUAAAGACCCCCAGUUUCACUCAUUUAUAAUUACCAGGGAAGAUGGUUCUCGCACCUAUGGUUUUGUUCUCACUUUUUAUGAAGAAGUUACAAGUAAGCAAAUCUGCACAGCAAUGCAGACACUUUACCAGAUGCACAACGCUGAGCAUUACAGCAGUGUGUAUGCUUCAUCUUCCUGCAGUAUGGACUCAUUGGCAAGUAGUCUUGAUGAAGGAGAUACAACUUCCCUUUUGAAACUCCAGCGAUACAACUCCUAUGAUAUUAGCAGAGACACCCUGUAUGUUUCAAAAAGUAUAUGCUUGAUCACACCGUUACCAUUCAUGCAAGCCUGCAAGAAAUUCCUUAUCCAGCUCUACAAGGCCGUUACCUCACAACAGCCACCACCCUUGCCACUUGAAAGCUAUAUCCACAAUAUUCUUUAUGAAGUACCCCUUCCACCUCCAGGGAGGUCACUGAAAUUUUAUGGUGUUUAUGAACCUGUCAUCUGCCAGAGGCCUGGGCCCAGUGAACUCCCCCUCUCUGAUUACCCCCUUCGGGAGGCAUUUGAGCUCCUGGGAUUAGAGAACCUGGUGCAGGUGUUUACCUGUGUUCUUUUAGAGAUGCAAAUCCUUCUCUACUCACAAGAUUAUCAACGCCUGAUGACUGUGGCAGAAGGCAUCACCACACUUUUGUUCCCAUUUCAAUGGCAACAUGUUUAUGUGCCCAUUCUACCUGCUUCUCUGCUACAUUUUCUUGAUGCUCCUGUCCCUUAUCUGAUGGGCCUUCAGUCAAAAGAAGGAACUGACCGUUCUAAACUAGAACUUCCUCAAGAGGCUAAUUUGUGUUUUGUGGACAUUGACAACCAUUUUAUUGAAUUGCCUGAAGAAUUUCCACAGUUCCCCAAUAAAGUGGAUUUUAUCCAAGAACUCUCUGAGGUUCUUGUUCAAUUUGGGAUCCCUCCUGAGGGCAGCCUACAUUGCAGUGAGAGUACCAGCAAACUGAAGAAUAUGGUUCUGAAAGACUUGGUCAAUGACAAAAAGAACGGCAAUGUCUGUACUAAUAACAUCAGCAUGUAUGAGUUACUGAAGGGCAAUGAAACCAUAGCCCGCUUACAGGCUCUGGCCAAGCGUACUGGUGUGGCUGUGGAGAAAAUGGACCUCUCUGCUUCUCUGGGUGAAAAAGACAAGGAUUUAAAACUGCAUUGUGAAGAGGCAGAACUAAGGGACUACCAGCUCAAUGUACAGCUCCGAGAGGUCUUUGCUAACCGUUUUACACAGAUGUUUGCGGAUUACGAAGCAUUUGUCAUUCAGACUGCCCAGGACAUGGAAUCCUGGCUGACCAACCGGGAACAGAUGCAGAACUUUGACAAAGCUUCCUUUCUGUCUGACCAGCCUGAGCCUUACCUGCCAUUUCUUUCACGCUUCAUUGAAACACAGAUGUUUGCCACCUUUAUUGAUAAUAAAAUUAUGUCUCAGUGGGAAGAGAAAGAUCCUUUGCUUCGGGUCUUUGACACUCGGAUUGAUAAGAUAAGGCUGUAUAACGUAAGGGCACCCACCUUGCGGACAUCUAUAUAUCAGAAAUGCAGCACUUUAAAAGAAGCAGCCCAAUCAAUUGAACAGAGACUGAUGAAAAUGGAUCACACUGCAAUCCACCCACAUCUACUUGAUAUGAAAAUUGGUCAAGGCAAAUAUGAGCAGGGGUUCUUUCCAAAGUUACAGUCCGAUGUCUUGGCAACAGGACCAACCAAUAACAAUCGCUGGGUAAGUCGGAGUGCCACUGCACAGCGCAGGAAAGAGCGCCUUCGCCAGCAUUCUGAGCACGUUGGGCUGGACAACGACUUGAGGGAGAAAUAUAUGCAAGAGGCACGAAGUUUAGGAAAAAACCUGAGGCAACCCAAACUGUCAGACCUCUCUCCUGCAGUUAUUGCACAGACCAACUGUAAAUUCGUAGAAGGCUUAUUAAAAGAAUGUAGAAUGAAGACAAAGCGCAUGUUGGUGGAGAAGAUGGGACAUGAAGCAGUGGAACUUGGCCAUGGAGAAGCAAACAUCACCGGCCUGGAGGAGAACACCUUGAUCGCCAGCCUCUGUGACCUGCUGGAGAGGAUAUGGAGCCAUGGCUUGCAGGUCAAGCAGGGGAAGUCGGCUUUGUGGUCACAUUUAAUUCAAUUUCAGGACAGAGAAGAGAAACAAGAGCACCUUGCAGAAUCACCAGUUGCCCUCGGACCAGAAAGAAGAAAAUCUGACUCAGGAGUUAUGUUGCCAACGCUCAGGGUCUCUCUUAUUCAGGACAUGAGGCAUAUUCAAAACAUGAGUGAGAUCAAGACUGAUGUUGGACGAGCUCGGGCAUGGAUAAGACUGUCUCUAGAAAAGAAGCUCUUGUCCCAGCAUCUUAAGCAGUUGCUUUCUAACCAACCACUCACCAAGAAGCUUUAUAAGCGAUAUGCUUUUCUACGUUGCGAAGAAGAAAGAGAGCAGUUUCUUUACCACCUUCUUUCUCUCAAUGCUGUGGACUAUUUCUGCUUCACCAGUGUGUUCACCACUAUCAUGAUUCCGUAUAGGUCAGUGAUCAUCCCAAUCAAAAAGCUGAGCAAUGCAAUAAUCACAUCAAACCCUUGGAUCUGUGUAUCAGGAGAGCUAGGAGACACAGGAGUAAUGCAGAUUCCCAAAAACCUCCUCGAAAUGACCUUUGAGUGCCAGAACUUGGGGAAGCUGACCACUGUUCAGAUUGGUCACGAUAACUCAGGACUGUUAGCCAAAUGGCUAGUGGAUUGUGUCAUGGUCAGAAAUGAAAUCACAGGACAUACAUACAGAUUCCCAUGUGGGCGGUGGCUGGGGAAAGGCAUUGAUGAUGGGAGCCUGGAGAGAAUUCUUAUUGGAGAAUUGAUGACAUCAGCAUCAGAUGAAGAUCUAGUAAAGCAGUGUCGGACUCCACCCCAGCAGAAGUCACCCACCACGGCUAGGAGAUUGAGCAUCACUUCACUGACAGGAAAAAACAACAAACCCAAUGCUGGGCAGAUACAAGAAGGAAUUGGAGAAGCUGUGAACAAUAUUGUGAAACAUUUUCAUAAACCUGAAAAAGAGAGAGGAAGCCUCACCGUGUUGCUGUGUGGAGAAAAUGGCCUGGUUGCAGCCCUUGAGCAAGUUUUCCAUCACGGGUUCAAAUCUGCCCGCAUCUUUCACAAGAAUGUCUUCAUCUGGGACUUCAUAGAGAAAGUGGUUGCUUAUUUUGAAACAACUGACCAGAUUCUAGAUAAUGAAGAUGAUGUCCUUAUUCAGAAAUCAUCCUGCAAAACCUUCUGCCACUAUGUAAAUGCUAUUAAUACUGCACCCAGGAACAUUGGGAAGGACGGGAAAUUCCAGAUUUUAGUUUGCCUUGGAACAAGGGAUCGCCUGCUCCCACAGUGGAUUCCAUUGUUAGCUGAGUGUCCUGCCAUCACUCGAAUGUAUGAAGAGAGCGCUCUCCUGCGAGACCGCAUGACUGUCAACUCCCUUAUCCGAAUUCUGCAGACCAUUCAGGACUUCACCAUAGUCCUAGAAGGAUCACUCAUCAAAGGAGUGGAUGUGUAACCCAACUGGCUAGAAACUCUCAGUCCAAACCUUGCUCCUUUCCCAACUAGGGGACCGAUUUGGACUUGUCUGACAGUAGUGAGUCACUGCAGGGGCAUCCCAACAUAUGCCCCAUUUGGAACAAUCCUCACUCUACAGACAAGGCAAAAUGUUGUAUUGUAGUUCAUUUGAACCUGGAAUUUAGUAUAAAAUAGAGUAUUUUCAUGUGUUAGAUGUGUGUAAAUAUGCUAUCUUCUUUAAGAAAUUAUAUUACUCUAAUAAGAUGCUUUUCUUAGAUUGAAUAUUCCUGUGACUUAAAAUAAGUAGCUUAAAAAUGUUGGGGGUUGCGGGGAAGAGUGGUGCUAGCCAGGAAGAAGCCAGUAAACAUGUAAAUAUAGUGCAACCCAGUCGGGCUUUUUUUUUUCUCCAGAUAUCACAAAGAAACCCAGAAUGCAUUGUUAUGUAGUAGCCAUCCAUCUUGGAGUCUGAUCCUUUGUAUUGUGGAUGCACACAGCUUUACCUACUGUACUGGUAGUCUUCACUUGUAUCUUUUAAGUUACAAACUGUUUUAUAUAUUUGAAUCGUUAGUCACUUUUCCAGUCUUUUGGAAAAAAAUUUCAGUCCGCACAAGAUGAUAUAAUUGGAGUAUUUUAAACAGUAGACCCCAGGAGCUUGGCUGAACUGGAAAGAGAACAUACAAAGCUCUGAGAAGUGUGUUCAAUUGUGGGAUUAUAACCUCUUUACACUUUGGAAAGAUUAGCCUAGACUAACUUCAUUCUUGGCAUUUUUAUUCUUGUUAUUUGAGGUACUUUGGGGAGAUGUGAAUUUCAGUGUUAGAUUCAUAGUGAUAAGAACUGCAAACAGCAAUUUGAUUCUGUACUUUUAAUUUGGCCAUCUAAACUCUGCAGUGGUCUACCUCUUAAGGAUAACCGUGAGCCCUGUCUUUGUUAGGGUCUAAUCACCCACCUCUCCCGGGCCCAUCCCCCCUCGGGAAAUGGAAGGAAUGUCUAAGGAGGAGGAGGGCUCUGUGUGGCUUGGAAUGUUUUUGUGAAAGCAUUUGUUGACCAUGAUAAUGCAAAUAACAGAAGGAAAGAGAGAAUGAACCCUUUCUGGGUGUUUCAGGGCAAGCUUUACAUUCCUUUGUAGGAAGGGGAGUAAUAAUGUAAAACAACUGACCCAGAGAAGCUAAAAGCCACUGGCAGCACAGGCUGACAAAAUGGAAGCAAAACAAGAGGUGGCAACAAUUUUGAAAGACCAAAAGUUGUGAGUAACUUUCCAUUUUGAUAGUUUAUAAAGAAGUUAAGUAAAUGUAGUAUUGGCUAGUUACUGUAAGUCUUCAUCUUCUGGUAGGUCCUGUAACUCUAAUUAGGCAUUUGUACAUUUUUAGCAGCAAAAUUGCCUCAGCAGAGCUCCGAGUUUUAUUCCCAGUUGUGGCUGAAAAGCAAAGCCAUGGCAUCAGUAUCCUUGUGCAAUCGGAGGGUGCUGGGCUUUCACCAACUGCGUUGUUAACCUUAUUUCCUGGAGGAAGAAGCUAAUGAAACAAGUGCCUAACUCCCUUUAUCAAACACUGUAUUCAGCCAAGGACAGCCUCUUUUAACAUGUGACUUCAUACUUGAGGAAAAGGAGAGUUGACAGCUGUAUUUAAAAACCCAUGGAGCCAGGUGCGGUGGCUCACACCUAUGAUCCCAGCACUUUGGGAGGCCGAGGCGGGCGGAUCACGAAGUCAGGAGAUCGAGACCAUCCUGGUUAACACGGUGAUACCCCGUCUCUGCUAAAAAUACAAAAAAUUAGCUGUGCAUGGUGGCGGGUGCCUGUACAGGAGGCGGAGGCAGGAGAAUGGCGUGAACCCAGGGGGCGGAGCUUGCAGUGAGCUAAGAUCGUGCCACUGCACUCCAGCCUGGGUGACAGAGCAAGACCCCGUCUCAAAAAAUAAAUAAAAAUAAAAACCCAUGGAAAUGGUUUAAGAAGAUGGUUCUGGGUAGACCAGAAAUUUGUUUGCCUGAAGCUAAAGUGUGUCUACAAUGGUACAGCUCUUCCAGGGACAUGGGAAGUCUAUCGUGCGAGAUAUCCAGAACCUGUUUACACUGGGUUCCUACUGUGUUUAGUGAUCAGAAACUAUAGAGGGGUCCAGCUCAGGAUUUCAUGCUUGUAUCUUCAUAAAACCAUGCUCCUGACAGGUCUAGGCAACCAGGGGGAUGACUUAGGUUAGUGUGCUAGGAUUGACACACCUCGUCCAGCCUUCUUACUUUGUAGAUGGGAACACUUAAGGAAUAGAGAGAUUAAAUCUUACACUUACCCCACAGCUGGUUACUGACAACACAAGCUCUAGAAUUCACGUUUGUUUGUUUGUUUGUUUGUUUGUGUUAUUUCACCAGGCUGCAUGAGACUGACCUUCUGGCAUUCUUACUAAUAGUCUUUCUAUUAUACUAUUGGAUCUUUAUUCAUCCACCUAUACAAGUAGGAAAUAAGGAUGAAUAUUCAUUUAGAAGAAUAUUCAUAUUAACACAUUGCUCUCAGAUUAUUGGGAAUUAACAUUUUGUAAAAACUGGGAGCAGGCCAGGUGCCGUGGCUAACGCCUGUAAUCCUGACACUUUGGGAGUCUGAGGCGGGUGGUUCAUCUGAGGUCAGUCAGGAGUUCAAGAGCAGACUGGCCAACAUGGUGAAACCCCGUCUCUGCUAAAAAAAAAAGAUAGACAAAACUUAGCCAGGGGGUGGUGGCAGGGCCUGUAAUUCCAGCUACUCAGGAGGCUGAAGCAGGAGAAUCGCUUAAACACAGGAGGUGGAGGUUGUAGUGAGCCGAGAUUGUGCCACAGCACUACAGCCUGGACGACAAGAGCGAGACUCCGUCUCAA